GAGGCGGUUCUUGCCUCUUAUCUCCAGGGAAACACGAGUAAACAGCUCGGAUGGAGUAGAGUAAGAGAGGGAGAGGAGUCGUGUGUGAGCCCCAGGGGCUACUGCUACUGCUGCACUCAGUAAAGCGGGGUAGCUGUCACUGCAGUCAAGGCUACAGCUGCCCAUACAGGAUAUGGUUACCUUUGAAAAGAACUAGGAAGCUGCCCAUCCUGUGACAGAGAAGUAUUUACAAUGCCGCCCAAAUCAAAAGGAAAAAGCGCUAACAAGGAGGCUAAGAAAGCCAAAAAGAGGAAGAGCAAAAAGACUAAAGUCCCCCCAAAGGAAGUGGAUAUAUUAAGCCCUGCCGCGAUGCUCAAUGCUUAUUACAUAUCACAUAAUGCAGCCGAUUGCUUGAAGUUUCGAGGGUAUCAAUGGCCUGGCAAAGGAACGAAGAAAGGGAAGAAAAGGCGAAGAUAGAUACAUUAAAUGGUGAAACUGUAGGUGAAAAAGAUGGUGUAGUGCUGACAGUUUGAUUUGUUAUUUCUCCAUCUGAUUCUGUGCUUUACCUGCCUGGAGAGCGUGAAAGAUUUCAGAACUUGGAAGCGGAACCAAAACGGUGUGUGUGUGUGUGUGUGG